CUUUUCUUCUCUCCAUUUGCUGACGCUGCCAGACACCCAUACGCUAACUCAUUGCUUUCAUCUUGUUUCAUUUCCAUCUUCUCUCUGUGUCUCCAUUGUCUCGCUGUCGACCUUCACGUUAGCUCUGACUCGCCCUCUGUCCUCUGUUUUCGAUCCGUCCGCCCCUGUUAUUUUUCUUGCACCCGCUAUCGCCUGCUUCGUCUUUAACCCUACUAGCUCACCUAUUAUUUCGUUCAGCUUUCGAAGUCCCUUUGAUUGUCGUUAGUACUCUUCUUUGCAUCCCGAAUCGUCCGUAUCUGAACCCCCUUUCCCGAAACUCGUAAAACAUUACUUUCACCCACAUUCUAACUUCUCCGUACUCUAUACCUCACUAACAGCCACGUACGAACGUGUUUCAGAUGGAGAUGUCUCGUUACGAAUUCUCGGAACUCCCGAUGGCUGCGGUUGACUCACAGCGUGGUCGGGCGUAUGACCCACGUCAUUUUUCUCUCCCGCUCACUUCUGACAGUCGGUCUUCCUUCACCGCACUGUCGGGGAUCACGGACAGUCAGCGGGCGACUGGCAACUUCCAGCAGCCACCAAGCCAGAAUGAGGAGUUUGGUCCUGAGUCUGAUGUGUGGAUAUUCCCGCAGGUAGACCGGACGCUGCAGACGCAUGACCCGGACACAUUAUGGACUCGACCAGGGCAGCCACUUUCGUCGACGGAUCAUCAUCAUGUCACAAACAGACAUACACAAUCGCCGAGCAGCAACAAUGCUCGAGUGGCAGCUACGUCCAGUCCCAUCUCUUCCUUUAACCGCAAUCAUCGUGCGCCUUUCUCCGCCGCUGGUGGCUUCGCAAACGGUGGAAGCUCACUCUACUCCCUAUAUCCAAGCGAGUUCUCCCGCGACGCUUCUGAUCCACUCCUUCAGCCGCCGUCCACUGCGCCCAUACCUAUUUCUCCGCCCCCCAUUGCUUCGUUGCCACCCAGAAAUAUCGACACAAACUUCUCUAGCCUGCGAAGCCCAUUAAGCCCACCGCACGCUCACAAACAGUCUGUGUCUCAUUCGACUCUCUGGUGGGGCGAUCUCGAGCCGUGGAUGGAUGAAGAAUACGCUAAACAAGUCUGUGAUAUUAUGGGUUGGGACCAAGUGACUGUCAAGAUUCCCCAUGCGCCAUCGGAUUCAGUUACUGGCCAGCAGCCAAACAAUCCUGGAUAUUGCUUCCUCACGUUCCCUUCUCCGCAACAUGCAGCGACUGUCCUUUCUCAGAUCAACAAUGCGUCGUCGGGUGGCACACAAGCCAUACUACCUAACUCUACAAAACCAUUCGCUCUUAAUUGGGCAUCAUCGCCCUCACCAAGCCCUGUUACGCAGACAUUCCCGAUUAAUACCACUGUCGAUAGGCCGCCGUCCACAGGCACUCUGAAUAAUCAAGGUCAGCAAAAGGAGUAUAGUAUUUUCGUAGGUGACCUAGCGCCGGAGACUUCCAAUUCCGAUUUGGUAGCAGUCUUUCGCAACCCAGUGCUUGGGCUGAGGAACGAUAGGGCGCCGAAGUUUAUUCGUCCUUUCCAUAGCUGCAAGAGCGCAAAGAUCAUGCUUGACCCAGUCACUGGAGUCUCUCGAGGUUAUGGCUUCGUUAGGUUCACGGAAGAAGCGGACCAACAGCGAGCACUUAUUGAAAUGCACGGAUUGUACUGUCUCUCACGUCCCAUGCGCAUUUCACCGGCAACUGCCAAGUUCAAGGGUCCUGGGGGAACUGAUGGGCAGACGGGCGUAACAACACCUGCGGACCAAGCAGGCCAGCAAGGAACAAAUGAACUCGCAUCUGUUGCUACUUCUCGCUCUGGCUCGUCACUUGGAAGUUCCGGUUCAAUUCCGUCCAUGUCGGCUUCGACCACCGCCAGUUCUAUGAGUGCUCCAAAUGGUGGAGCACCAACUAUAACUCUAGAAGCACUUGCACAGCUCAUUGCAAGAGCGAAUCUAGGUGACCCGAAGCAGAGCUCGAAGAUCUUGCCUUCUAUUACCGCACCACUAGUCAUGGAUCAGCAGAAGCUUGACGAGUCCUGGAAGCAUCAGGAACAGGCCCGAGCGAUCCUCGGCAACCUAAUUGGUCCGAACGGAGAGCAGCUUACCUCCACAGAUCCUUACAAUACGACUGUUUUCGUUGGUGGUCUGUCACCGCUCAUCUCGGAGGAUACUCUGCGAACAUUUUUCGCACCUUUCGGCGAUAUCCAUUAUGUGAAAGUCCCAGCAGGCAAGCACUGCGGGUUCGUACAGUUCGUUAGGAAGGCGGAUGCAGAAAGAGCAAUUGAGCGGAUGCAAGGUUUUCCUAUUGGUGGAAGCCGCAUUCGUCUGAGCUGGGGUAGGAGUCAAUACAAAGCCGCUCAAGCCGCCGCACAGGCAGCUGCUCAAGCGCAAGCACAGGCGACCCAUCCAGGGCUUACGCGCUCCGCUGAUGGUUCCAUUCAGUUGACUCAAGACCAGGCUAUUGAGAUUUUGCAGAAAUUCGGAUUCGGAGGCUUUUCCGGUGCAAAUGGAGAAUCAAAUGCUGUGCUCGAGCCUCCACAGAACCAGUCCCAGUUACCGAUUUUCACUGGCAUAGCUAGCAACGUCGGGUUCGAAAAUGGUUUCUACAAUUCAUUUCCCGCUCAGCCUCAAGACGGACGCUCUGGUGGAAUGAUUGAAGGACAGGUUCCUAGUCAUUUCUCAGGGUUCUCGCCCUUCUCUCCAGACCCGAACUAUCUUGCCAACCUUGCGGCGGAUCGCAAACCCAAUAUUGCAAAGGAUAACAUUCUAGGCGUUGCAUCCAAUUAUCCUCAGCGCUUCGGCGGCAACGCUAAGCCUUCACCAGACAAUGCACCUGCUGUGAAUGAUUCUUUGUCCACCGCGCAACUGGGUCCAGGAGGUGCUAAUCGAAGCAAUACUCCGUCUCGUCCUGAAACGUUUGGACUCAGUCCGAACAGCUCAGCUGCUUCAUUCUCGAUGAGUCGUACUCCAGGACGAUCCGGUACCGACAGUUCGCCUUCACGCCCAUUAUCUACCCAGGUCGUGACAGCACAAAAGUCGAAGGAGCAAGAAACACUCCACGAUCUAAAUGGUACUCUGGCCUCCCUUCACCUUGACGAAAACGCUACUGCGGAAGCGACACGCUCUCCGGGAGAGCUAACCGAUAGUAGCGGUUCCGUGCACUUCAAGUUGUCCAUGAACAGCCCCGCAUCUCCAGCGGCGUAAAGCGUAUCGAGGCUGCUGGUCCCCUAUGAACGCUGAACAGGGUCGUUCUUCUUUCUUACCUUUAGGAUACGGACGAAUUAUGGUUCUUGUCACCCUUCCUUUCCAUUAGUUGUCUAUUAGUUUCGCCAACUUUGUGUUUGCUUUGAGCUCUGGUUUUGUCUCUUACUUUACCCGCGAUCGUUGUUGCACCUUUUGCAAAUUUGCAUGUUCCCAACUCUUUGAAGCCAAUGUCUCUCUUCGGUGCCGUUCAAGUUGAUUACUCCGUGUUACGCGUUCGUCAAUUUUCGUUUCCUGUCUUUGUAGCCUUGUCAGCGUGAUGAACAGUUCAGAUAAUGAAAUUUGUGUAU